UGACCCUUCUUGCAAAGGCUUUCCUCCCUCCUCUGUGAAACAAAGUCCGGGGUUGGUCUAAGCGCUACUUUCCCAUGGGCUCUCCUCUGCCCCUCCAGCACUUAGACAUUGAGUGUUGAUAACCUACAGAGACGAAAGAGGUCGUAAGCUGAGCCCGGUCACAUUGCCCUGUGAUAUAGUUUUAUUUUUAACUUUGAAACGCUUGAACUAUGUCAGUUGACGUUUUCUCCCUUUCGCUUGCCUUUCCAACAGAACUUGGGUGCUCUGCUUCAGCGGAAGCAUUGGCACCCACCUCUUCCAGACCUGCUUGAUCAACGGCAAAGGGCUGGUAGCUGCGGAUGCUGAGCCAGCUUGUAUCGUUUAGAGUUAAGAAGCCAGAAGCAGGGAAGCCAUGGGUCGGGCACGCAGGCCUCCACCUGCGCUGCACAGGCACUGUGAGGGAUGCAUCAACCGCCAUUGCCAUGUUCCAGUGGAGCCCAGCGUCUCCUGCCUGGUGAUAAGCUGCCACCUGCUCUGUGGCGCCACCUUCCACAUGUGCAAAGAGUCGGAGCAUACACUCCUCUGCCCUCUGGAGCAGGUUCCCUGCCUCAACUCUGAGUAUGGCUGCCCGCUCUCCAUGGCACGCCACAAGCUGGCUAAGCACCUGCAGGUAUGCCCCGCCAGCGUGGUCUGCUGCUCCAUGGAAUGGAUCCGCUGGCCAAAUGUGGACUCAGAAACAUUCCUUCACGAGAACAUCAUGAAAGAGACCCCCAGUGAGGAGUGUUUGGACACAGCCCUGGCCCUCCAGGACCAGAAGGUACUCUUCAGAUCCUUGAAAAUGGUAGAGCUUUUCCCGGAAACCAGAGACGCCACGGAGGAGGAACCAGACAUGAAUGGUGACACCAGUUGGGAGGAGACUGCGGGCGCAGUGGGGGGAGUGGAUGCCAGGCUAGCACCAAAUUCUUGUUUGCUGGCAACCAGCAGGCAAAUGAUGGAGCUCAGUCAGGAGGAACGAGAUGCACUGGCAAAAAACAAAGAAGGGAUGGACCUGGACAAGUUUGGCAAGUGGGAAAGUAUGUUCAGCAAGGAGCACGCAGCCUCUGUUUUAACAGGUUCCUUGGGGAAGAGUGAAAACAAGAAUGGGGAUGUGGCUGGGAAAGAGCAGUGCUCCAGUAAUGUUCGCACAGGGGAUGCAGAGGGUUCUGCCGAAAGGAGAGGACCACAGGAAAGCCAGAAGUCCCAGGAACUUCCCGCUACCAUGGAGAUGACAGGGCUUGCUCCCUGGCAAGAUGGUGUUCUGGAAAGACUAAAAACAGCCGUGGAUGCCAAAGACUAUAACAUGUAUCUGGUGCACAACGGGCGGAUGCUCAUCCACUUUGGGCAGAUGCCUGCUUGUACGCCCAAGGAGAGGGACUUUGUUUACGGCAACCUAGAGGCUCAAGAAGUGAAGACGGUUUAUACCUUCAAGAUUCCCGUGAGCUACUGUGGGAAGCGAGCUCGCUUGGGAGAUGCCAUGUUGAAAUGCAGACCAAGUGAACACAAGGCUGUGGAUACUUCCGACCUGGGCGUCUCUGUGGAGGACCUGCCCAAAUCCGAUCUCAUCAAGACCACCCUCCAGUGUGCUUUGGAAAGAGAACUCAAAGGCCAUGUCAUCUCUGAGUCCAGGAGCAUCGAUGGACUCUUUAUGGACCUUGCCACCCAAACAUACAACUUUGAGCCAGAACAGUUUUCCUCAGAGACAGUGUUGGCUGAUCUCCUAGGCACUGCCCAACCCGGGGGCCUGCACGUGGAGCUCCACAGCGAGUGUGUGACUAGAAGACACAACAAAAGCAGCUCAGCUUUUACGUUCACCUGCAACAAAUUCUUCCGAAGGGAUGAAUUUCCUCUGCACUUCAAGAAUGUCCACACCGACAUCCAGUCGUGUCUCGAUGGCUGGUUCCAGCAUCGGUGCCCCCUAGCCUACUUGGGAUGUACAUUUGUUCAGAACCACUUCCGCCCCCCUGGACAAAAAGCAAAAGUGAUCUAUAGCCAGGAGCUGAAGACCUUUGCCAUCAAACCAGAGGUUGCUCCGGAGCUGAGUGAGAAAUGGAAGAGCGACCAUCUCUCUGGCUGUGAUGGGAAAAGCCUGAAUUCUCUAACCAGCCUGCCCCUGGAGGUGUUGCAAUACAUUGCUGGGUUUCUGGACAGCAUCAGCCUGUCCCAGCUGUCCCAGGUGUCAGUACUGAUGAGGAACAUCUGUGCCACUUUGUUGCAAGAGAGAGGGAUGGUCCUCUUGCAAUGGAAGAAGAAGAGGUAUUCUCAUGGAGGCACCUCCUGGAAAGUCCACAAUCAGAUCUGGCAGUUCAGCAGUCUCUUCUCAAAAAUCAAGAGCUGGGAGUUUAAUGAAGUCACCUCCAUGUCUGAACACCUGAAAACCUGUCCUUUCAACAUCGUGGAGCAGAAGACUGACCCGAUUCGUUUGACCAGCAUGUGCCAGCCCCAAGAGAAGGCCCGGGAGAGCUUAGUAUCCACCUUUAGGGCCCGACCACGGGGCAGACACUUUUGAAGAUAUGCACACCACUGCUCCUGGCUUCUCAGAGUUUCAAAGUAGGACAGUGUGCUUUGAGGCACCACUCUGAAACCUGCACAUCUAGGAAGACUUGUGGAGUCCUUCAGGCCUUAGCAACUACACUAGGACACUAAGGAUAUUUGUUUGUUUAUUUGUUUUGUUUGAGCUAUCGCUUAUAUGAAAGUGCCACAUUUUUUGCCUUUAUCUUAUUUCUUUCCUCUCCUAAAAUAGAUAAGUCUGGGAGAAAAUUAAUAGCUUAAGGCCGUUUGAUAAACGAACCCAAGUUCUUGGUUGACUGGAGAGCAAGAAAACUCUGUAACCAGCAUAGACUGGUGCUUCUACAUUGAGCUGUCCAGUUUACAAACCACCUUCAAGUUCUUGGGGCAGGUGACCCAGGGACAGGGUCUGGGGUUUAGUGACUAUCCAGGGUAUCCAGGUGAAGGGAGUUCAACUGGAAGGUUCUGAAGCUUGCUUGGUCUCGACAACUCAGGGCUUUUUAGUCACCCUACUGCAUCAAAGCCCAGAUGGUUUCAAGGUGACCCAAGAGAAUGGACCACACAGCGUAAACACAGCAGUUUCACAGACACCACAAGCCAAAGCAAAACAGUCUGUUGCAUAUAGUCUUGGCAACACCAAGAGUAAAACAACAACAACAACAACUCUUUACAAUGAGGGAAAGGCCAAAAAUCUCUGGAAGCAAAGUAGCAGCUCCUGGUUGAGAGCCACUGUCUUAAAGGAUGCUACCCCAGCCAUGGUAAGUUAGGAGGUGCUCACUGUUUACUGUGACAAAUCUGACCUCACAUGGCCAGCAUAAUUCAAUGCAACUCUUACUCGUUUACUAAAUAAGUUUUAAACAUGUGAUGAUGCUAAAUUGAGAACCAGAUGGGGCUGAUCUAGCCAAUACGGCUUUGGGUCCUUGGGCCACAUAAAGUAAUACAUCUUCCCUGCCCUUUUUAGGGAAACUUGAAACCAGGAAAGUCAUUUAUCUCAGGUUAAGUUCCUCCUCCCUUAAUUGGUGCCAUUUUCCAGCAACCCUAGACGUUCUCAAGCUAAUAAUAAUAAUAAUAAUAAUAAUAA